CCUAGCUGUCGUCGGAAGUCCUUAUAACAGAACAAGAGGAAGCUCGUGUUUUGCGCGCAAGAGAUUUGUGAGACUUCUUGGCGUUAUGCUAACAUAGUCUGGGAUUUUAAUUUUCACAAAAGGUUGGAGAGCAGGUUUCCAUGUGAGUGUUUCUGGAAGGAGGGUUGAGUGGAAAGCAUCUCUGCCUGGCGUUUGAAACACUAAAGGGGAGUGUGGUGUGACAUUGCAACAGGACUUACCCUGGGCUCAUUGGCUGGUGUUGGCUUCUGUUUUAAGAGCAAUGGAGCAGAACAACAGUUUGCCCCCUUUCGCCCAAGGACUUGCCUCCCCCCAGAGUGUAAUGACACCUGGUCCUCCAAUCUUCAGUCCCAUGAUGCCUUAUGGCACUGGGCUGACUCCACAGCCUGUGACGAACACCAACAGUCUGUCUGCACUGGAGGAGCACCAGAGGCUACAGCAGCAGCAACAGCAGACCUCGGCACAACAAGGGGGGGUUGCAGGCACAUCCGGACAGACCCCCCAACUUUAUCACUCCCAGGCCAUCACCACAACAACGGCACUGCCUGGCAACACGCCACUCUACAACACCACCCCUCUCACGCCCAUGACCCCAAUCACCCCUGCCACACCUGCAUCAGAAAGUUCUGGCAUUGUCCCCCAGCUUCAAAAUAUUGUGUCCACAGUCAACUUGGGGUGCAAAUUAGACUUGAAAACGAUAGCGUUGCGGGCCAGAAAUGCUGAGUACAACCCAAAGCGUUUUGCUGCAGUCAUCAUGAGAAUACGAGAGCCCAGAACGACUGCCCUCAUCUUCAGCUCAGGAAAAAUGGUGUGCACAGGAGCCAAGAGUGAGGAGCAGUCACGCCUUGCAGCCAGGAAAUACGCCAGAGUAGUGCAGAAGUUGGGUUUCCCUGCGAAAUUCCUUGACUUCAAAAUACAGAACAUGGUUGGCAGCUGUGAUGUGAAGUUCCCUAUUAGGUUGGAAGGGCUGGUACUCACCCACCAACAGUUCAGCAGCUAUGAGCCCGAAUUAUUUCCUGGAUUAAUUUACAGAAUGAUCAAGCCUAGAAUUGUGCUUCUGAUAUUCGUAUCUGGUAAAGUUGUACUCACAGGCGCAAAGGUUAGAGGAGAAAUCUAUGAAGCAUUUGAAAACAUCUACCCCAUCUUGAAAGGAUUUAGGAAAACAACAUAAGGAUCCUGCACGAUGGGAUCUUUUGACUCCUUUAUGCUGUGAUCGGAUACUUUUGGACAUUUUUUAUUAGGCCUGUACAGUUGCAUUGAUAUGUAUGAAUGUAAGUAUGUUUGUGUAUAUACUUCUAGGGCUCCGUCAAGUCACCCUACAGGUGUGGCCAAUCCAGGAGGAGAAAUUUGCUUGAACUGAUGCGUUUUGCCUUUUUAAUUGCUUUUAAAGGUGGUUCUCCAAGCCUGUUCAUCGGUCAGUCACAUUUUAGGGAAAACAUUUUAACAUGUUAGUUUUAGUCAUUUCUGUACCCAUUCACACAUUCCUCGUUCCGGUUGAUGUUUAAAAUGUACAUAUGGCGGAGUUCUGUUUCUUGGCAUAUUUGAAGUACUUAACAAUGUGUGAACCAUUUAAAAAAUAGGUAAUGUUUUGAAUGUGGCUGAAUCUGUGUCAUGUACCUUUUGAAUGGCUUCAACCUGUUCUUAUAAUGGUGGUACAUGAAUCUUCUCCUGAUUCUAGUCUUUGUAAGAAAAGCUGUUCUGAAUGGGAGUGCGGGGUUGCGGUGGCCCGACAGGCCUUUUUUGUUUUAAUCUUUUAUUUAAUUUAUGGUUUUAGAAUAUGUAAUCUGUUUUGGUUUUUUUUAAUAUGAAUGAAAUGCAUUUGUCACAGUUCUGUCAUUUCUUUGUACAUUAUAUCAUGAGCGAUAUCGUUUUAUGGCUUGGUUUUCCAUCUUGCCCCUUUUCAAAAAGCACUCUUCUGUGAUCACUUGUAGUUUUUUGCCCUGUUCAUCAGUUCUAUCAUGGGCAAAAAUAAACCCUUAACUUACCAAA